AUCUUCAUCAGUUUCGUUUUUGCUCUAAUCAAAGCAACACAGACCUACUUCGUUCAAAAUGUUCAAGCUGGUGGUGUUGUCUGUAUUUUUGGCCGUGGCUGCUGCUCGUCCUGGUUUCCUUCAUGGAGAGGUUGCCGUUGCAGCUCCUGCUGUAGCUAUUCCCUCUGCAGUGAGUCAUCAAUCCAGGACCGACAUAAUUAGCAGCCCUGUCGUUGCCACAUACGCUGCUCCAGUUCACGCUGCACCCGCCGUUGCCGUUGAGGCUUACGCUGCUCCAGCCCAUUUUGCUUAUGCUGCCCCGGCUCCUAUUGCCCUUCCAUCUGCCGUAAGCUCUCAAUACAGGUAUGACGUUCACAGCAAACCACUGGUUGCUGCCUAUGCUGCUCCAGCUUUGGCUUAUGCCGCUCCAUAUUAUCAUGGUCAUUACUGAAGCUUUAACGACUGAUUAAUUCUGUAUUAUUGUAAUUUUUUGUAUCAAAUAUAUACGAAAACAAAUAGC